CCACAAACAUGAAUAAUUGGAUCAGAAUAGAUGUCCACUAUGUUAAAUGAGAGAGUAGUUAAUUUUCUUUAUAUUAAUUAAACGGUCUUUUUAGAAGCUAACCAAUGUGAAUCUGCAGGGAUAGGCAGCUCUAAAUGUGUCUUCAGUAACAGGACAGUUGGAGUGCCUUUACAGGGACUUUGCUCUGUUUACGGGGAUGUUCUUACCACGCGCAUAUAUUCUUUUCAUUCCAACCAGACAGAUUGUUUUUACAUACUCCGGGAACAUGAAAGCCCUCAGAAACAGGAAGUUCUGGUGUGAUUUUCUACUCUGGGUGAAACUCAUUUUUAAUCGAGACUCUUUUCAAUGGAGCGCGGCUUUCAACGUGGGCGAAAGAGCAGAUAAAUGGAGGUUGUGGCAGACAGUCGGGACUUGGUCCGCGAAUAGGAGAGCACAAGACAUGGAGGAGGAGAACAGCUACCGGUGUGACUAUGAGGGAGGAGCGGAGGCAGAGGCAGAGGCAGAGGCAGAGGCAGGCCUUCGGUGCAAGAAGAGCCGCCACAUUCAGCUCCAGAGGGAAAGGCACCGACGACGGAUGGCCCAGUUUGUGGCAGCGGCGCUCCUUCUGCUGCUUUGCGGUGUUCUGGCGGUGUUCCUUACGUUCAGACUAGAGAGGCCGUGUGGCUGUGCUACUGACAGUCAGACCAAGUCCCAGUCUGACAGCCAGUCAUCAGGUGCUCCUGAAAAGCUGCAACACCCUCAAAGUGCACAGAGGCUUCCGAUCGCUAUGUUGACAGUUCCAUACGGAAACAUCACGAAUGGAAAAUAUCUUCUUUGGGAACACGAAGAGGGACGGGCGUACAUUGAUGGAGGUUUCAGAUACUACAACGGGAGUCUGAUAGUGCCCAGAAAGGGCUUCUACAGAGUCUUCCUGCAGACCUUGUAUGAGAUUGACACCAGUCACUUUGUUGGUAAACAAUCCCUGGUGCUCUCUAGCUUUGUGACAGUCUACCAACAAAGUUACAGUAAGGACCUACCGCUUUUGACAGCAGAGGAUACAGUGUUUUGCAAUGAUUACAAGAAGGAUAAUGUAGAUUAUGUAAAAAAAUCUCUGUUCACAUCUGGCACAUUUAAGCUGGAUACUAAUGACAAACUACAUGUAACUUCUUCUCACCCAGACUUUAUGCCUAAAAAUGAGUACCAGUCAUUCUUUGGAGCUCAGCUUGUGUUCGAUGAUUGGUCAGAUAGUUAGUGGCUCCUGAGUCCAUCGACACAGUUGCUUCAAUAAAGAUUGAUCACACCAGUGCAGGUUUAUGCUUUAAUAAUCCACCUCUGUAGUACUGAGUAGAACCUUCUCAGGAACAGGUUAGCUUCUUUUCUACGUUUUCUUUUCACUAACAGCUGCCUCAACACUGAUGCAAAUAAACUACACUAAUCAGUAACAAUUUAUUUCAAGGGGUGUGCAUGUUCAUUUUAUGAACAUGAAGGAGUCUUCAUGAGUGUUUAUGACUGUUGUCAUGAAGUGUAAAAAAAUUGUACUAAAAAUAGAAUUAAAAAUCCAUUAAAAGUGUCAUUAUUUACCAAAUGUCACUUCAUGACCAUAACCAUUCAUGAACACUCCUUCAUGUUUGUAACUGGUGUUUUAUUAUAUUUAUGACAAUAUUAUGUCAGUUUUAUGCAGACCCCUUCAAAUAAAGUGUUACCCACUAAUCUAAUAUGUAAACUUUGCAUAUUGGUAUAUGAUAUAUUGAUAUAUUUUAUAUUUUGCAUUUAUUAUAUUACAUAUUAUGCUGGGAUAAAAUAUUUUUGUGUUUCUAGAAAGCUUUUAAUUUAUUCUAAUUUAACAUAAAGGGACAUGUAUUAUAGGGCUUGCAUCAGGCUAGGAGUUAUUUUAUACUGUUUUUUUAUUAUUGUUUCCUAUAAGUUGGAGUCUUGAGGUGAUUCACUGGAAGCCACUUGUUAUGUAGCAAGUAACCAAGUAAAUAAGUGAGGGGGAUUUUUGCCUUGUACACGUGGUGAAUGUCUUAUUAAGCAUUCAUUUUCCCAGGAUUUAUGACAAGCAUGACUGUUUAUUUUUAGUAGCAAAUGUGUAUAAAUAAAUUAAUUGCAUUAAUUUAAAUCUGAUCUUUGCCAUCGUCAGUUUUCUUAUUGUUGUUAUUUAUUUUAAAAUGCGGCCCUUUGCUGGAGACAGUAAUUUGACCAGGUCAAAUUGUAUAGCUGUUACUGAAAUGUCUAAGGUCAGGCAGUCUUUUAGAGCCAGUAUAAAAGCUGGAUAAUACUUCAUUUGGAUGAAAAAACAGAAGAAUUGAAGGGUCAGAGCUACUUGUGAAACAGUUUGUCUGCUGAAGCCACUUCUGUGAUAUUAGAAGUUGCUAAAGACAGACAACAAACAGGAAGAACUUAGCCAGAUCUAGAAUGAAGACAGAAAGUUGUUCCACUAAAAUCAGUUUCUGCAGAGUAGCUCCAUGCAGGGUUGGCUGGAUUUAACUAAUCCGGUCUUCACAAUUGAACAAAACACACAUAAAGAAUACAAAGCACAAAAGUUAGAUUGUCAAGCACAAAACCUCCCACUUCCACUGAUCUCUGUCCUGAAUCUACCAAACUAUAUUAACACACUGUAUUUACUCUCUCUUUAAAGUCCUGCUGUGUCAACAUGGUUUUUCUAACUGAUGAUGGGGGAAAAAUGACAUGUUAAAAAUGUAAACACGUCUGAUGGGUUUUGUGAAAUGCUUUAGCCAGUGCUGUGUGUGCUGCGUGUUUGGACCUGAGGACAGAUCCAAAUUAGAAACUUGUUAAAAUAUUUAUUUUGGCUUUUCACUUUGUUAUUUUUUUCUAUUAAAGGUGCAGCUUUAUGAUGUGCUGAAAUGAUUGUUUGAAUCAUGGCUUGCAAGCUGUAUUUCUGUAUUCUCCAGCUAAUGCUGUGAUUUAACUCUUAAAAUGCCAUUGCUAUCUGUGAUCUCUAUAGUUGGGAGUAUGUAUAGUGAUGGUCAGGGGUUCUGCAAUAAAGAUGAAUUCUAAAAAAACCACACAC